AUGUUCCCCACUUUCCACCUGAUUGCGCUCGCUGCUCCUCGGCGCGAUCGAUCGAUACGCCGCAGUCCUGAUCUUCAAAGGGCACCGACCCUUCUUUCAAUCCUUCCAGCUUUCUAUACCUCCACUCUCUCGUCUCCCUCGAAGCCCUCAAUUCACCUGGACUCGUCCCUCUUCUUCAUGCUGAACCGACUCAAUCUUCUCACACGACAGCUUGCCCGUCCCUUUGGCUCCGUCCGUGCAGCUUCCCCAACCCUUCCGACCACGUCCCUGACCCGGCGAUCCGGCCCGUUCGCAAUGACAUCAGCUCCGAAUUCAAGUACCAUUCACACGGCUGCUUGCCUGAUUAUUGGCGAUGAAGUCCUCGGCGGAAAGACGGUCGACACCAAUUCGGCCUACAUGGCCAAGUUCUGCUUUGGCCUCGGCAUCCAACUGAAGCGCAUCGAAGUGAUUCCCGACGACGAGGAGGAUAUCAUGGAGGCUGUGCGUCGUAUGAGCGACAACUACGACUUUGUCGUGACAAGUGGAGGCAUCGGUCCAACUCACGACGACAUCACUUACCAGUCCAUUGCCAAGGCGUUCGGCCUGAAACUCCAACUCCACCAGCCCGCCUUUGAGCGUAUGAAACGACUCUCGCGCCCACACCCCAAGCAACCGAACUUCGACUGGGAAACCCCUUCUCCAGGCCUGACCGCCAAGCUGCGCAUGGUCGAACUACCCUACGACCCCAACGUGUCCGCCGAGUCGCAAGCCCUAUUCGUCGCGGACGACCUGUGGGUGCCGAUCGCCGUGGUCAACGGCAAUGUGCACAUUCUCCCCGGAGUACCCCGUCUAUUCGAGCGACUGCUGCUGAACAUGAAGCCUCACCUUGUGCCCCGUCUCACCGAUCCCGAAGGCAAGGGAACCUUCCGGUUCCUGUUCAGCACGCCGUUGCCAGAGAGUGCGGUGGCACCAUUUUUGACCCAGUUGGCUGCCAAGGUUGAGCCGCAGGGUGUCAAGGUUGGUAGCUACCCUCGCUGGGGAAAGAAGCGCAACACCGUGACUCUCGUCGGCGCCAACAAGGAGUACUUGGAGUCGUUGGUGGCUGAGGUGGAAGCUGGGGUGGAGGGUAAAUUGGUCGAGAAGGAGGAUGAUUUGGACCCUCCCUCGGACACGGAACAUGUAUACAGUCAGUAA